AUGAUGAUGACUAUAGUGGAAGUGGUGCCUUCUAUAAUAUUACACCUAUAUCCUUCAAUGAGCGUGAUGUCUGGGCUAAAUAUUUUGGAAUGACUCCUGUGCUCGAUUUAACAAGCAACCUUAUCAACGGCUUCUUUGCAGUUAUCUGUAUUUUAGGCCUGGUGGGAAAUGGAAGGACAAUUCACCUCCUGGCCUUUUCCAUUAAGAGGAAUCCUUUCACCACUUUCAUCCUGAACCUCUCCCUCGCUGAUUUUGGAGUCCUCACAUCCUUUAUUGUUGCAGCUGUUGUUGUGGCUGUUCUAACUCUGCAUGGAAUCACUCAUCUUUCAUUUGCCUUUUUCUUCUUAUUACUUGAGCUCUUUUUCUUCACCUAUUCUGCUAGCCGGCUUCUGCUGACGGCCAUCAGCCUGGACAGGUGCGUGGCUGUCCUUUUCCCACACUGGCAUCGCUCCCAUCGUCCUCCAUACUUUCCCACCCUUCUUUGUCUCCUCACAUGGAAUCUCUCCUUCUUUCUCUCUGCGGUGCACUUCAUUCUGUACCAGACUACCAACUUUGGAAUUUCGCUUUUCUUUUUUCAGAUUAUUGUGAAUGGCUUACUUUGUACGCCUCUCAUGGUUGUGUCCACUUUGACCCUCUGGAUUUGUAUGAGGUCUAAGCCUCGACACAAUCAAAGGAAACUUCUCACCACUAUCUUGCUGGCUCUUCUCUUCUUCCUGCUUUUUUCUCUCCCAAUGGAUGUCUUUUAUGUCAUUGAAUAUUUUGGUUCCUAUAAUCCCCUCCUCAUGACCGUUGGGAUAGGAUGUGUGGCUCUCAAUAGCAGCAUCAACCCACUCCUUUAUUUCUUAGUCGGGAGGAAAAAGAGGGGGAAAGACCAGCCCAGAGCAUCUUACAAGGUGGCUCUCCAAAGAGUCUUCAAAGAUGAGAAGGACAGCCCAGAAGAUCCGAAAACUAUGGAGGAAGACCAGUUGUGAAGACUCACUGUCCCUUGUGAGGAGUCACUGGCAUUGUGUAGUCAUUUUUUAAAGUCCUAAAUGAUAUGCGGACUCAAUAAGAACCUACAGAAUGGAUGGAAUUUGCCAAUCCUAAUAUAGCUAAUCACCAAACAAUGUAAACAGGAAAUAUUGCUUCAUGUGUAAUUUUUAAAGUGAAGAUGCUGGACAGAAAAAUGUCAAUACAAAUCAUCAAAACAACUGUAUCAAUCAUUCUUACCAAAUGACAUUUUUUUAAAAUCAGUAAUUU